AUGGAGACCGUUACUUCAGUUAAAAGCCUUCUUCAAACUUGCAACCGUAUCCUGUGGUCUCGCCUUGGAUUCAUGCCUGUUUCGUUCUUCGAAGAGCUGAAUUCACCUGGCACUCCAGAAAUGUUUGGCCCUAUUGUCAACUCCGAGGAUGUCCGCAUUGAGGGUCAGAGGCAGAUUGGCCUUCACGCUGACCACUGGAACACUUGGAAUUUCUCUGACCCACUUAGCUCUGCGUACAGAGCCGUAUCUACUGUGAUACAUAGCUUUUGUCAUGGUCCUCAAAACAUGACAUCCGAGGCCGCCUUCCAGCCAAUGGACCCUGAUAUCUCUGGACUUCUUCGAUCUCUCCAAGUCAACAACACCGAAUUCCUUUCAUCAGCAAUGAAAGGGACUUGUUCCUGGAUUUUUGAGAACCAUACCUUCGAAUCUUGGCUUGAACAACCUUCAGGUCUUCUGUGGGUAAAGGGCAAACCAGGAAGUGGCAAGUCAACACUUUUACGAUACAUACAUCAAACUCUGAAGUUCAGAAAACCGACAUCCCUCCUCUUUUUUCAAUUCAACUACUCUAGCCACACUUCUAUAAACACCAUGCUUCGUUCUCUGAUUUUUCAGCUGCUUGUCGCAAGCCCCAGUUACCAACUCUUCAGUAUGAGAGACACAUACGCUACACGAACAGAAACACAUGGGGACUAUGGCACUAAUUGGCAGUGGGGCGACAACGAGCUGCUUUCAUAUCUUCAGGAUUCAUUCUUACGAGCUACUCAAGAUAACACGCAUAUUGUGGUCAUUAUCGAUGCCGUAGAUGAGGUUUCCGAGAAACUUUCAUUCAACUCGGUUAUUCUCGAUAUUCUUAGCAUUCCCUCUAUCCGGAUAUGUGCUUCAUCUCGAUUAAGUCCCAAGUUCCCUGGCCUCGACGCUCAUACCAUAACUCUGGAGGAUCUCAACACUGCCGAUAUCAUUCAUUACGCCAAAUCCAGAGUCUUGUCAGUCGAAUGUAAUAUUUCUAGUGUACAGGGAGACUUGAUACAGAGCUUGAUUAAAGCGUCAGAUGGUAUGUUCUUAUACAUUGAUCUAGUGCUUUCAAAUCUCGAGAUCUGGCUCGAUCAGCAGGAAGGUCGACUCAGCUACAACGACUUCCCUAGAAGCCUUAUGGAUCUAUAUUCCUUAAUCCUCGCCCACAUUGAGUCCAGCAAGAAGAGUCGAGAUUUCUUCCAGCAUACCUCCAAGUGGGUCGCUUUUGCGACACGUCCUUUGACUGUUCCCGAGCUCACCAAUGCUUUGGCAUUUGAAAAGGUCCAAGGAUAUAAGCCUUGCACCCACAUGCGCGAAACCCGCAGAGAAACACCAAGUGGCUAUCGCCGGUCGCGCUGUGAAUGCUCCCGUGACAUCACUUCCCUAUCCAGAGGGUUGAUUGCGGUGCAAUUCCCCCUUACUUCCCCAAGGCAACCUGUGGUCUGUUUCACUCACCAGAGCGUUUCUCAGUUCUUGAUGUCGUACGAGCCAUUCGCUUUAAAACCUUACAACUUCUCACCUGAAGGACACGAAGCUCUUGCAUCGUCCUGCUGCAAGAUUAUUCUCUCCGAAACCCUUUCACGCCGAAUAGGCUACACAAACUUGCACUCUGAGAACUGGGAACUCACAUCCUAUGCGCUAGAGAGCUGGAUUCCACACCUCAGGAAGGCACUGCAGCUAGGUUCAUCUUGCUCCGACCUCUUAUCAGAUCUCUCACAGAAUGCCUUCUUGGAAUCUUUUCUUGCUUUGAAUGAGAGUAUGGCGUUAAAUUAUAAAGAAUUGCGGCGUUUGACACACAAGCAUACCAGCGAUAGGCCUUGGCAAGCAAAGCUAUUGAAUGGCUCGAGUCCACUACAUUUGGUCUGCGUUGUAGGCCAUGUUGACUCUUGUGAGCGAUACAUAUCAUUGGGCGAGAGCUAUAACGACCGAGACUGCUUGUAUGGUAUAACGCCGCUUGGAUGGGCUUCAGCAUACGGCCAUGUGGAAGUUGUUGAUUUUCUACUCAGCCACGGGGCCACAGUUGACUACACUUCGAAUGGCACCUCACCACUAGAUCUAGCUAUCCGUUGCGGUAAUAAGAGGGUAGUGGAAAGGCUUCUCAGCAAAGGGUCAAUUACGAAGCAGCUCCCUGUCGCCACACAGCCAGCUUUAUCUUUAGCAGCAUCUUUGGGUAGAGCUUCAAUCGUCGACAUCUUGGUUUCCUAUGGAGCCAACGCUCUAACAGCUGACGAAUUUGGUUGGAGUCCGCUUCAACAUGCGAUCGCAGCUGGCAAAAAGGCAACCCUCGCUCGGCUUCUCUCCACAAUACCGAAGACAUCCUUUGAGAGGCUCAGAGACCUCCCACCUCGCAGCCUUCCAGGCUGGGUACAACGCAUCUUAUUAGCAUUCGGGCUUGGACUUUGUUGUCGUGGGUCUGGCAGUUGUUCAUCUUCUACAAACACUGGCCCAAUCGACUCCCGAAAAUCAGGAAAACGGGGCCGCCAGGGUUCGAAGAAACGCGGUCGUGACACAACUGAGGACAUGGACGAAAGUGAUCAGCAGAGCAUGGCGCCUCCGCCACAAAAGCAAUCCCGGCAUACUUUCGAACUACGGUUUGCAUGCCCAUACAACAAGAGAUGCCCCAACCGGUUUGGAGGUGCUUGCUCCAAUUUUGGAUUCCCAGAUAUGCACCGUCUGAAAGAACAUCUAUUUAGGCGACAUUUCUUAGGAUGCGACAACAAGACUCGAUGUGGGAGGUGCAAGUCAAUCCUUCCAGAGAGUGAAAUUCAGGACCACCUUAUUUUGACGGUGGCCUGUGAGCCCCUGAGAGUUGCUAUGAACUAUGAGGAUGGUUUCGAUACGAACCAAAGCGACACAUUGAAAUCUCUCAAGCCCAAGCAAUUCGAGACGCCAGUCCACCACUGGGAGAAGACAUUCAAUACAGUAUUCCCUGAUUGGGUAACGGACUUGCCGAGCCCCUAUCACGAGACGACCGAGACCGAGUGUCGUGUCAGGGUUGCUGCCAGGCUUCGUAGCGAAGAGUUUAGACAGGAGGUCUGGAGAAACCCUAGCAAUAUGGGGAGGGAGGUUUUCGAGCAGCUGGCUAACCUUCUUGAUCCCUGGCCAAGAGCAUCAACCAGGCCUGGCAACCAGACACCAACCCUUCCUGAAGAGCUACCUAUACGACCAGGUGUAAUACAGGAGCGCGCUUCAACAGAAUUAAACCCUUCAAUCGAUGUUUCCUUGCCUAUGGAGCCACAAAGGGGGACUACUUCUUCAGACGCCCUUGCAUCAGAACCUGUGCUCAACUCAUCAGCCCAGGUCUAUCGUCCAAUUCCACCGCACUUUUUAUUUCCCCAACAGGUUUCUGAUACUCUGUCCCUUUCCUUGUUCAGUGGGACUGGUUCACUCAACAGCUUUGGUCCCGGUCAUGAAUCGAUGUACGGCGACACGGAUGCUAAUGAUGCUUCUAUGAGCUCGUGGGACUGCUCUUUCGCCAACGCCCAAAUGGGACAAACUUCCAACGAUCCUUUAGGGUUCACAUUGAACGCCCCGACUUCAGCUAGCAUUCCUAAUUCCUCAAGAUCAGAGAAUCAGCUAAACCGCAACCCGGACAUAGCCAUUUCAGGCGACACACAGCCAGCAGAAUAUGAAGAUGCCACUAAUACGUUCUGGACUCCAUCUAGAAAGGUUAAUUAA